GCCGCGAGCAGCGCCGCAGACGCCCUCUCCCAGCCUGACUCGGUGAAAAUCAUUGUUUGGCUCCAGCAUUAACUACAUUCCAGCGGGACGCAGCGCCCAGUCUCCUUCCUCGCAUUCCUGCCCCACACAAAGGAGUCCCUGCCUCGCCGCGUCCCGCGCUCCGCUCGCCGGGCCGCAAAGCCCCUCCGUGCCGGCCGCCACCUAUCGCCCCCCGCCCCGGGGGUGCCGACCGGAUCGCGGCCCCUCCGCGAGGCGGCCGGCCGGGGGCGGCGGGGGCAGGGAGCCGCCGAAAGCAAAUUCCUCCGCGCAGCGCGCCAUUGACUGGACCGAGCAACUUAUUUAAGGCUGGAAAGUGACACAGGGGUUCUCAUCUUCGCUCGCCGCGCUCUGCCGGGGAGCCCGGCUGUAUCGAGCCGGGGAUGCCGCUGAGGUGACUGUCGCCUCGCCUGGCCGCCGCCUCGCAGCCUCCCGGCCAGGGAGCCGCGUCGCCGGCACUGCCCUGCCGGGACCGCAGGAAGGGACUUGCUUUUGGGGUGUUUUUUUUCUUUGGUUUUGUGGUGCUUUCUGGAGUGUUUUGUUUUUAUUUUUUUUUUUCCCUUUCUCUGCUCCGGGCUGUGCUUUCACAGAGUUCGCCGUGCCUGCCCCGCCGCGCCGCCGGGCACCGGCCGAGCAUGGAGAAGUACGUGGAGGACAUUGCACUGAAGGCUACCAAGUUCAUGGAGGAUCUGUCCCUCUACGAACCCUGCCCGGAGGGUCCGUACGGCCGGGGUGGCCGCCGGGACAUGGUGCUGCACCCCGACCUGGAGGAGACCAAGCGGGUCAUUGCCGCCCACAUGACGGCAGAGCAGCGGGGCCGGAAGAUGAACGGCACUGCCGCGCCGCCGCCCGCCGAAGCCUUCCCCACCGCCGCCCCCUGCGGCAAAGUCUACCCGCCCGCCGCGCCGGGCGUCCCGCUCCGCGCCGCCAACGGCCGCGCCGCCGACCCACCGCCGGGCGCGGGGCCGCUGUGCUGCGAGGAGGGGCUGUGCACCCGCUCGGAGGUGGCGCUGCCCUGCUACAGCGGCUUCGCCGACAAGGGCAAGCGCUACUCGGCCGAGGGCUACCGCUACGCCGCUGGCAGUGCCUAUGAGGGCGGCUACGUGGCCAAAGGCGGAGGGCGGGUGCCCGGCUCCGGCCCCGACGGCAGGUACGGUGCAGCCAGCCUGGCCGCCUCCUCGCCGGGCCCCGUCGCCGAGCACGGCAAGUUCUCCAGCCCGCGCUCCAGCCUGGGCGGCGCGGCCGCGCUACCCUACGAGAAGUUCUCCAGCCCGCGGUCCAGCCUGGUGGUACCCGGCCAAGAGAAGUACGGCAGCCCCCGCGCCAGCCUGGUGCAGUACGACGGGGCCGCCCUCAGCCCCCGCUCCAGCUACGCCAGCACGGCCAGCGACACCAGCAAGCACUCCAGUCCCCGCGCCAGUCUCACCAGUUACGACGGCGCUGGCGGCAGCAAGCCCAGCAGCAACCGCACCAGUGGCAUCAGCAUGGGCUACGACCAGCGCCACGCCAGCCCCCGUUCCAGCACAGCCAGCCAGUACUCCUGCACCACCAGCCCUCGCUCUAGCUACUCGGACUCUAGGUACGGCCCGCCGGGCAGCAGCGCCGAGCCGGAGGCUGCGAGCGGCGCUGGCUUCGUCUUGGCCAGUCCCCGCUCCAGCCUCUGCGGCCCCGAGGGCCGCGUCGCGGCGGGCGCCACCGUGGUGAGCCCCCGCUCCAGCAUCUCCAGCCAGAGCUCGCGGAGCUCCCGCGGCUCCAUGAGCGCCUACUCCGAGCUGCAGCUGCCCUCUCCCCGCUCCUCCCUGCUGGGACCCGGCCUGCAGGAGGACGCCUCCGCGCCGGAGCUGGGGGACGUCUACCGCAAGAUCCAUGCCCAGUCCCCGCCGCGGCUUGACCAGCACCACCCGGCCGCUGUCCCCGAGGCCGUGCCCCCCUACCCCUACAGCCCGACCAAAGGCUCCGUUUCGGCACCCAAAUUCAAGCUCCCCUACCAGGUGACGCCGUGCCGGGAGAGCGGCCCCAGCCAGGCGGAGAGGCGGCUGGAGGCGCUGACGCUGGAGCUGGAGAAGGAGCUGGAGAUUCACAUGAAGAAGGAGUACUUCGGUAUUUGUAUAAAGUGUGGAAAAGGUGUGUAUGGAGCGAGCCAGGCUUGCCAAGCAAUGGGUAACCUAUAUCAUACCAACUGCUUCACAUGCUGCUCUUGUGGGAGAAGAUUACGAGGAAAAGCGUUCUACAGUGUCAAUGGGAAGGUGUACUGUGAAGAAGACUUCCUAUAUUCAGGUUUUCAGCAAACAGCGGACAAGUGCUUUGUUUGUGGACACCUCAUAAUGGAAAUGAUCUUACAGGCCCUUGGAAAGUCAUACCAUCCUGGCUGCUUCCGCUGCGUAGUGUGUAACGAGUGUUUGGAUGGAGUCCCUUUCACUGUAGAUGUGGAGAACAAUAUUUACUGCGUGAAAGAUUACCAUACGGUUUUUGCACCAAAAUGCGCUUCCUGUAACCAGCCGAUCCUCCCAGCACAGGGCUCUGAGGAGACCAUUCGGGUGGUGUCAAUGGACAAAGACUACCAUGUGGAGUGCUAUCACUGCGAGGAUUGCGGCUUGCAGCUCAAUGAUGAGGAAGGCCAUCGUUGUUACCCAUUAGAGGGCCACUUGCUCUGCCAUGGCUGUCAUAUCAGGCGCCUUAAUAUUAAACUGCCAUCACAUCCACCUCCGAGCUAUCCGAUGCAUGUCACAGAACUCUGAAAGACAUUUCCAUUACCAAUAAGCUGUUUGAAAGAGAAGACAAAUAUCUAAAAAUUACUUUCCUUCCCUUUCCUUUAAUGAUGAGAUUCCAGUAAUAACCGUCAAACCAGCUAUUUAUUUUUUAAAUCAGAGGUGAGGGGUCCUUUUCUGAUCUUGUACAUAUGCAUUCUUUUAUCUAGAUGCUUUCACUGAGACACCAUCUACUUGAACAAAUAAUUCAGCACUAAACUGUAAAUGUAAAUGGCAGCAUUUCUAAAAGCAAUGGUACAAAGGGCUGCUCUGCACUCCCUAUUCACUUUAUUCCAGUGGGGAUUUCAUCCAAGUAAGGAGUGUUGAAGUACUUUCCAAAAGUUAGCACCUUAUCAUAUUGCAGCAAACUUGGUAAGAUAGAUACUAGUAUUUUAGCUAGCUUUGUUGAAUUCUGGUCUUGGAGAAUACAGGCUCACAUUUUUUAAAACUUACAUUCCCAAAAGUAGGUAACAGGAAGUAAACAAGUGUUUUUAGUAAGGACAGUUUUCAGUAGGGGUUAAAUAAUAGCAUUCUCUAAAGUAGAAUCAGGCCAGCUUUCCGUCCUACAAGGUUCCACAGUCAUCCAAAGAAGUGUUGAAGAAACAUAGCAAGCAUCUCUCAAAAACUACGUUACAGAGGAUUAUAUCCAAAAGAUUGGUACAUGCAAGGUCAUAACAGUUGAAGAAAGUUACAGAACUCUGUAAUUGCUUGCUGUGUACAGCUGUAGGCAUGGUUUCAAAAUGCAUUCGUAUCAGCUUGAUGAUUUGGCACUUAAUAAGGAAUUCAUCUUUCAAAGCUGUUUUUGUUUAAUAGGGUUAGCUGCCCCUUUCUAUGCAAAGGUACACUUGUAUUUAUGCUACUUGUUUUAUACAAGACUCCAUUUUUUACCAACUGCUUUAUGAUUGUAUGUUGAUACAUUAUUAAAAAAAGAGGGGACAGUGUUUUUUGUAUUUUUUUUCAGCUUUGUGUUCUUUUCUAGAUGUACUUUUGAACUGAUUAUGGUGAUUAUAUUAAUUGGAAAACAAAGUCCAGUUUAGCAGAAAAAUAAUUCAGAGAGACCAUUUAAACAUUGGUAUUUUACAACAAGUAUUAGAUGUACAUAGAAUGUACACACUUUCAUGUUUUGCAUAAGCUUUUACAGUAACCUCAGAGCUCUGGGGAAAUAUAUGUCUUCCAUAUAGGAAGUUAGAUGAAUCUUUUUUAUGGUUUGUUUUCUACCAUGUGUUGAUGAUUUACAUGCAAAUCACACAUCUGUAUGUUUAAAAAAAUUCCCUGCAUUCUCAUGAGAAUUAAUCCAGCCUUCCUGAAUUCAAAUUUUAAAUAAAUCCAUCAUUGCUGUCUUCAACUGUACCAAAAAUUACAGUAAAAUAAAAUUAGUCUGCUCCAGAGGAAGUGGAAAUACCAGACCAGAUUCUCCCCAUCUGUAAACUGGGACAUUUCCAUGACAGUUCUCAAAACAUUGAGAUUUUGAUGGAUCCAUUCAGAAAUGAUCCCAUGUUAAAGUCAGCAUGCAGACUGGUAAAAUGACUUAUUUGGCAACACCAUUGCUAUUUGGUUCCUUAUGCUCCAUUGACUUUCUGAAAGCCCCUCUCAAAAAAUGCAAAGAACGUCCAAUGGACACUAAUUCCUAAGUGGAAUAAUUAACUCCCUUAGCAGAACUUUUUGGUAGUCUGGAAUUUCCUUAAGGGAGAAAGGGAGGGGCAGGGACAGUUCCUGUGAACUUUGUUUUUUUCUGUUAGUAAGGAACAAAAGGUAUGUUUUCUGAACUUUUGCCAAACUUCCAUUGGCCUAGAUUAACCUGUCCUACUGAAUGCUCCUUGGCAAGUCAGAUGCUCUUUUAAAAAGUCAUUUUCUAAUUAAUACAUAUCAGUUUAUAAUUAGCAUAUUUAAUGUGACAGACAUGUUUUCUAGUAACUACAGUGCAACUAGUGCCUCUUUUCUACCGUAUGGCUUAAGAGGCCUGCAAAAGAGAGGACAUUGGGUGCAUGCACACUUUUUCUGCAUUUGCAAAUGUUACCUCGUGUGUUCAUAAUCACCAGCCCAGCCUCAGCAGGAAGUGGAAGUACAUGUGUGCCUCUUGCCCAAACAGCAAAUGCUAGAAAAAAGGAGAAAAAAUGCCUUAAAUUGGAGUGUAUUACUAUUUAAGUUCUUUAAGAUUAUUACAAACAUGGAAGAUAUCAGAGCUUCAGGAAACAGUUUUUAGCAUCAGCUGCAGUGUAAUACUUUUUCCAUGUAAGGAAGCUGCUUUGGACCACAUUUAGCUUUGAAGCAUUUUCACUUGCUUGUCUUUACAACAUAUAUUAAGGGACCCAAAUUAAGUGGCAAGUUUAAGUUUCCACUGCAACGUAGU